CCAAAUGUCCGCAUCUCUUGCGCGAAACGGUGAUUUGCGCGCAUUGUGAGUUUCCUCGUAAAUAAAUAAAGCUACUGAAAAAUGGCAGACGUUUUAGACAUUGACAAUGCAGAAGAAUUUGAGGUCGACGACGAAGGAGAUCAGGGCAUCGCUCGGUUGAAGGAGAAAGCGAAGAAGAGGAAAGGUAGAGGACACGGCGCAGAGCUUGUCUCCACCAGAGACGAUGUUGGUCAUUACGAGUCCAUGAACGUUGUCGAGGACGAGGACGAUCAGCCGGGGCCACAGAGAUCUGUCGAGGGAUGGAUACUCUUUAUAAACUCUGUUCAUGAAGAAGCUCAGGAGGACGAUAUACAGGACAAGUUCUCAGAGUUUGGUCAAAUAAAAAAUCUACAUUUGAAUCUGGAUCGAAGAACUGGAUUUCUCAAGGGGUAUGCUUUGGUUGAGUACGAGACAUUUAAGGAGGCUCAAGCAGCCAAAGAUGCUCUAAACGGUGCCGAAAUAUUGGGUCAGCCGAUCACUGUCGAUUGGUGUUUCGUCAAAGGACCAAAAAAGAUCAAGAAGAGGAGUCACAGAAGGCGAUAAACUGCAAGAGUUUUUCUACUUUCAAUUAAUAAUAAAGCACGAUAAUUUUGUUUCAUUACCUUUUAUCAACUAAGGUGAAUAAUUUUGUAUUUUAGCUGAUAUUAUAAAAUAAAAAUAAAAAUUCGACACCCGUAAAUACAUAAACAGUUUUAUUCAGCAAGUUGUAAUACACUUUUUUUGUAUCGAAUGCGGAAUUAUUUGUGAGUUUUUACAAUCUGUUAAAAAUCGUUAAGAAAAAAAUUGUUGGCCUCACAAAUGGCUCAUGAGCC